AUGUUGGUCCUGAUUGGCGUGUCUCCCUGUGGGCCAACUUGCAGCCUGGGAGAAGCCCUGAGGAGCUCCAUCUACCAUCUCGCUUGGUGAUGAGUUCUGGAGCACUCAAAAAUAUUUUGUGAUAUUUUGGUUGCCCAAAUAAAGGUCAUGCCCUAUGGAGGACUUGCAGGAUGAAGCCACUGCAGGAUGAAGGCGAAGGGGAGAUGGAGUCAUUGAAACCAAAGGCUUCUGCAGCUCUCAAUUGGGAGAGCUGUCUGAAGCUAACUCCCCACAAAAAUCUGGGGCCAUUGGGUCAUCUUCAGACGGAGAGGAUGCAGUGAUUCUGGACACUGUGCCCAUCCAGAGGUGUCACAUGAACACAUUGUUUUCAACAGUAAAAUGAAAAGGGGGCAAUUGCUAAUGCCAGAUUCAUGCGGUUUUCAAGGUGGCUUAGAAAGGAGAACUUGAAUUUGACAGUGGACCAGGCCAUGGCAAUAGAAGCCUCCUUACUGUAGCCUUUUGUCCGCUCACUAUGAAUGAGGACUUGCUCCAGGAUGACUUCUUGGACCAGCAGGAAAACUGGUUGCCGGCCAACUUGGCCGAAAUUGAGAACCGGGAAGGUGAUACUCUUGAGCAGAAUGGUACCUGCGAAGAAGCCGCCGCACAGAUACGUUGUGGUGGAAGUACAGAAAGUAGCUCCAUUGGAAAUGAGUCCAUCGGGACCAGCACUCACUGCCUUGAAUCAAAUGGCAGCUUGGCCAGAAAUCCUGAUGGGCAGGACAGAUCUGUAGGUGGCAGUGGUAGCAGCAGCAGCUGCAGCAGCGAGCUGCUUUGUUGGAACCAAAGUAAUAAUAGAAAGCUGAAGCUGCUGAUCCAGGAAAUGAAACAAUAUCUCCCUGCAGAGCAGGUGGAGAGUUGCAGCAAGGCCAGCUCCCUCUGUGCCCUGAACUACGCUCUCAAGUGUGUCCAGCAGAUCCAAGCUGACAACAAAGUUUCUAAGGCUUUUGGUAAGCAUGGAGCACAUCAGACCGAUGCCCCUGUGUAUGGAGUGGAAGAGCUGGCAGCCAUCAUGUCUGAGCACGCCCCCAAAAACACAGACACCUUUGUAGCCAUCUUUUCAUUGCUCUCCGGGCGGACAGUGCAUGUCUCUGAGCAAGCCGCCUCUGUCCUGAAUUGCAAAAGGAAAUACUUGGAGUCCUGCCGCUUUGCAGAGCUGUUGGCUCCCCAGGAUGUGGGCGUCUUCUACACUCACACCAACCGGGCUCACCUGCCACUUUGGAACACGGAGGCCCCAAAAGACUCACUUUAUGAAUAUGCACAAGUGAAGUCCUUUUUCUGUAGACUAAGGGGAGGCAAAGGUCAGGACCGAGAGAAGCACUACUACCCAUUCCGGAUGACCCCUUAUUUGAUCAACUUCUCUGUCUCUGACCCCAGUGGGCCGAUGUCUUGUUGCUUGGCUCUCGCUGAAAAAAUCCACUCUGGCUAUGAAGCUCCUCGAAUUCCUGUAGAAAAGAGGAUCUUCACCACCACUCACACCCCAGGCUGUCUCUUUCUGGAGGUGGAUGACAGGGCGGUGCCUCUGUUGGGAUAUCUGCCCCAGGAUUUGCUUGGGACGUCCAUCUUGCAGUACCUUCACCCGGACGAUCGACCCAUCAUGGUAGCCAUUCAUCGUAAAGUUCUGAAGUUUGCGGGCCGCCCUCCCUUCGAGCACUCGCCCAUCCGAUUCUGCACUCAGAACGGGGACUACGUCAUCCUGGAUACCAGCUGGUCCAGUUUUGUGAAUCCGUGGAGCCGGAAGGUCGUCUUUAUCAUUGGGCGGCACAAAGUCAGAACGAGCCCUCUGAAUGAAGAUGUCUUUGCAGCAAGAAGCAAGGGGAUGAACAGGGUUGACAAGGAGAUCUGGGAGCUCCAAGGACAGAUCUAUAAGCUGCUUCUGCAACCUGUUUAUAGCAACGGUUCUAGCGGUUAUGGAAGCCUUAUUAGCAAUGGAUCUUACGAGCACUAUAUCAGUGUGGCGUCUUCCAGUGACUCCAAUGGGAACUGUGCAGAGGAAAUACAGAGAGAACUGAUGUCCUUACAGCAGAUCUUUGUGGAUGCCAACAGACUCAAGAAUGUGGGUCAGCAGCUGUACAUUGAAUCACACAGUAAGCCUCAAGAGGAGACUCCCAAGGCAGAGCAACCAGGAGACCAAAACCCGGGUGCUCCCCCUUUGACUCUCAUUGACCCACCAGCUGAAUCUUGUGAUGUUUUGAGAAGCACCAACCACGUCCUGUCCUAUCAGCAAAUUAACUGUAUGGACAGCAUCAUAAGAUACCUGGAGAGUUGCAACAGUCCCGCCCUGAAAAGGAAGUGCGAGUCCUCUACCAAUGCAUCUUCUUCAUCCUCCGAUGACGACAAGCAGGCUCACCUAAGCCAGAAUGACAAGCAAAUCUUGGAAGAUGCUGCCGAGCUGCCCUUGGUUGAUUCCCAGCCACCUGCGACGCCCAACCUGGAAGGCGAUGUAGAGCAGCAGGCCCCAGCGAGGGUGGUGGGUGGCGCUGCUGCAAUGACUGACCUGGCGCUGACUGCCAAAGCAUUGAGUGUGGUGUCCGCAACCAGCCAGUGCAGCUACAGCAGCACCCUGGUCCACUUCCCACACCCGGAGUCAGAAGCCACGGCACUCGAAGAAGCCACUCUGCAAGGUGAGCAGGUGGAGCCAUCGCUGGCCAACCCCACGCCCAGCGCAGCUGGGGCUGGGGCUGGAGCCACCCUGGAGGAAGUCAGGCUAGUGGGGCUGACCAAAGAGGUCUUGUCGGCUCACACACAGAAGAAGGAGCAGGAAUAUGUGGACCGCUUCCGCCAGAGGGCCUUGCUGUCCUCAUACCGGCCAGCCUACCUCCAGCACGGAGCGGCCAGGAGCAGCCAGCCUCCUUCCCAGGACCAAGACGAUGUCUCUCCAAAGCAGACCAGGCCGGUGGGCUGGAAAAGGAAGACCAAGCCGGGGAAGUUCAAGCGCCAGAAACCACUGGGCUCCCCCGACAGCAGGAGUGGUGCUUGGGAGGCAGACGCUUCCCAGGGACCCCACCCUGGGGCCCCGAGCUUCACCCUCCCUGCCGAUCCUUAUGCAGCAACGCCUGGUUUCCCCGUCGCCUCUCUGGGAGGGGGCCCUGUCUUGCUGCCUUCUGCCACUGCAGCAGCCCCAGCCACACCACCUUACCUGCCCUGCAGCAUCCAGCCCCUCCCAGCAUUCCCUGCUCCAUACAUGGGCGGCUUCAUGACUGUCCUCUUUCAGAAUUUCCCAGCGUACCCUCCGCCACUUCCGCCGCCUCUUUUCGCCCCUCCGCCUUCCUUCCCUGCGCAGCUCUUCCGCUGCCCCUCUGCUGCUUCCUACCCCUGCCCUGUGAUGCCCCCGGGCCCUCCUUCCGCUCUCCCCGUGGCACCGCCAGGCCCCAUGGAGCACCCUUCGCCCCCCUCCACCCCAGUGUCUGCUGCCGAGGAAGAGCAGCCUGCAUCCUCGGGGGACCCGCCCCACCAGAGGCUCUUCAGCAACUCCCGGAGCAGCUCCCCUCUGCAGCUGGACCUGCUUCAAGAAGAGCUGCCCAAACCCCUGGAGCUGUCCGGCACAGCACAGGCCCCCCUGGCAGGCACAGGAGCCAUGUGUGAUGAGGACGGGGAGGACAACAUGAACAAUGACAGCCACUCUGUCUCCAGUGAGUUCUUCGACCUUUUGCUACUGGAAGAUUCCCAGUCUGGAAGUAGCUCAGCGGCCUCUGGCAGUGGGUCUGCCGAGUCCAGCUCCUUGGUCUCUGGGUCCAACGGCUCCAGCUCCAACGAAACGUCUGGUUGUGGCACAGGCAGCGGAAACAGCAGCAAAUACUUUGCCAGCAAUGAUUCCUCUGAGGUCUCAAAAAGGGGGAAGAACAGCCAAGAAGGAGGAGAAGAGAUGGAACGGCCACCGCGGCCAGCCAGGUUGGUGUGGAGGACAGUGAAUAGUUUGCCCGAACCAAUCCAGAUGACCUACCAAAUGCCAAAGCGAAUUGCAGAGGAGGUGCUGAAAGAGGACCUGGAGAAGCUGGCCACCCUGGAGAGCAAGCAGCCCUGUUUCUCGGAAGGGCAGAAGGAGGAGCUGGCAGAGGUCCACCCCUGGAUUCGCACCCAGACUGUCCCUCAAGAAAUUGACACCCAAGGCUGCAUCAUGUGUGACAACAGGAAUGCCGGCUUGACUGUUGUUGCCGGGCUAGAAGACAGAGAUCCUCAAGAGGAGGACAGCAAGGACCUCCUUGAUGAGACACUGCUGCUUCCACUACAGGCACCGCCCUAGAGAAGCCCGCCCUUCCUGGUCCCUUGACCCGGCUCAUCUUUCCCUCUGGCUCUCCAAAAUGCUGGUUCCAAAGGCUCACCCCUCACACCACUCCAAAAUUUCUGAAAAUAUGGCAACUAAUACAGUGGUACCUUGGGUUACAUACACUUCAGGUUACAUACGCUUCAGGUUACAGACUCCGCUAACCCAGAAAUAAUACCUCGGGUUAAGAACUUUGCUUCAGGAUGAGAACAGAAAUCCUGCUCUGGCAGUGCGGUGGCAGCAGGAGGCCCCAUUAGCUAAAGUGGUGCUUCAGGUUAAGAACAGUUUCAGGUUAAGAACGGACCUCCAGAACAAAUUAAGUACGUAACCAGAGGUACCACUGUAGUUGGUUCUUGUUUGAGACAAAGUGGCAAGGGCCCCUCUAUAAAUGACCAGUUGGUUCCCAGAAUCCAUGAGUAGUUAGGUGCGCAUGUGCUCAUCACACACACACACACACACACACACACACACACACACACACCGCCACCGCCGCCAAUGGGGCUUCCCCAUUGGAGCUGGAUUAAUGCCUGGAGAUCAUCAGGCCGGAUCUCGUCCAGUCCUUCCUUUUCAUGGCAGAGAGCCAGAUUUUCCUCUCUCCCACCCCUGGAGGGCCACCCACCUGUCAAUCACCUUAGGUCGUAGCAGUGUCAGGUGAUGCUUUUCUGUUUGAAGCCAACUGCGGGGUUUUCAGGCAGUUCUGUGUAGACGGUGCUCCUCUCCUGCCACUACUUUUGUUGAAUCAAUUUUGGCUCACCAUAUUAGGGUUAUCAUCGUCGAGGGCUGUCAGUUUUUCAGAAGUAGAAAUAGCAGCAUUUUAAACUGACAAAACUCUUCCUGGAGUUCCCUCAUUUCUGCCUUUGAAUUACACCCAGGAUCUGCCUUCUCAUGGCUUGGUGUGAUGCCAGGCAGUUAGCCGGGAAAGGAAGGGAGAGUUAUUUUUCCCCUCCUUGGGAACCACUUUCUUAAAGAAGAAGAAGAAAAAGUUGUCACCAACUAAGUUUUCUUCAGAGUAGUCCCAUUAAUGCACCUAACGUAGCCAGGACAUUUUAACUUCUGUGGACCUACUCUGAGUAGGACUCAUGUGCUACAACCCAGUAUAUAUAAUGUUGAUGCUGCUGAUAGAGACCAUGUCACCUGCAGCAGCUCAGGAGGAUUUGCUCUAGGAAUGGGACACACACACACACACACCCAUUGCAAGCCACAAUGUAGGAUGUAUAGUUCCAAUUAGUUAUCAGUGGGAUUUAUAAACUGGUUUUGGGGCAAUAAACUUGUUUGUACCAUACUUUUCAAUAUGUGCGUUUUUAAAAGGUGACCUGUUUGUGUGUGAGAUGGGGAGAAUUUUUCUCUUUUUGAAACAAAAUAAAAUGUGAAAAUCUU